AUAAAGCGAGCCGAGUGGGAGGAGCCGGAACCCUAGCCGAGCACCGCAGAGACAGGCGUCUUCGUACUCGCCUAUCUCCGCGACUCAAAAGCUUUCUCCCAUUCCCCACCGCCGCCGCCGUUCCACCCUUCCGACGACACCAUGAGGGAGUGCAUCUCGAUCCACAUUGGCCAGGCCGGUAUCCAGGUCGGAAACGCGUGCUGGGAGCUGUACUGCCUGGAGCAUGGCAUUCAGGCUGAUGGCCAGAUGCCCGGUGACAAGACUGUUGGGGGAGGUGACGAUGCUUUCAACACCUUCUUCAGUGAGACUGGCGCUGGCAAGCACGUUCCCCGUGCUGUGUUUGUUGACCUUGAGCCCACUGUCAUCGAUGAGGUGAGGACUGGUACCUACCGCCAGCUCUUCCACCCUGAGCAGCUCAUCAGUGGCAAGGAGGAUGCAGCCAACAACUUUGCCCGUGGUCACUACACCAUUGGCAAGGAGAUUGUUGACCUGUGCCUUGACCGCAUCAGGAAGCUUGCCGAUAACUGCACUGGUCUCCAGGGAUUCCUCGUCUUCAACGCUGUUGGUGGAGGAACGGGCUCUGGCCUUGGUUCCCUCCUCCUGGAGCGCUUGUCUGUAGACUACGGCAAGAAGUCCAAGCUCGGUUUCACUGUGUACCCGUCGCCCCAGGUCUCUACCUCGGUGGUUGAGCCAUACAACAGUGUCCUGUCCACCCACUCCCUCCUUGAGCACACUGAUGUGGCUGUCCUUCUCGACAAUGAGGCCAUCUAUGACAUCUGCCGUCGCUCCCUUGACAUUGAGCGCCCAACCUAUACCAACCUCAACAGGCUUGUGUCCCAGGUCAUCUCAUCCCUGACUGCUUCCCUGAGGUUCGAUGGUGCUCUGAACGUUGAUGUGAACGAGUUCCAGACCAACCUGGUGCCCUACCCGAGGAUCCACUUCAUGCUUUCUUCCUAUGCUCCAGUUAUCUCAGCUGAGAAGGCCUACCAUGAGCAGCUGUCCGUGGCCGAAAUCACCAACAGCGCCUUCGAGCCAUCCUCCAUGAUGGCCAAGUGUGACCCCCGCCAUGGCAAGUACAUGGCUUGCUGCCUCAUGUACCGUGGUGAUGUGGUCCCCAAGGAUGUGAACGCUGCUGUUGCCACCAUCAAGACCAAGCGCACCAUCCAGUUCGUGGACUGGUGCCCCACUGGCUUCAAGUGCGGCAUCAACUACCAGCCUCCGAGCGUGGUGCCUGGCGGUGACCUGGCCAAGGUGCAGCGCGCCGUGUGCAUGAUCUCCAACUCCACCAGCGUUGUGGAGGUGUUCUCCCGCAUCGACCACAAGUUCGACCUCAUGUACGCCAAGCGUGCCUUCGUGCACUGGUAUGUGGGUGAGGGUAUGGAGGAGGGUGAGUUCUCUGAGGCCCGUGAGGACCUGGCUGCACUGGAGAAGGACUAUGAGGAGGUCGGUGCUGAGUUUGAUGACGGCGAGGAUGGAGAUGAGGGAGAUGAGUACUAGAAGCUUGCUGGUGCGGUAUCGUUGGGCCUGUGUGCUGUUCUUAUCCCGUGAUCUGCCCAGAGUGUCUCGUUCUGUUAUGUGAGUCUGUUGGUUUCCGAACGUGUCUUCCAUUGUGUAGUUUACAACACCUGCUGUUGUAAGACUUGGUUAAUUCCCCCGCUUUGUCACUGGGUUAUUAAAAAUGUCGUUAUAAUGUAUGGUUGUCUACAUUGUUGCUUCUUGAUAAUUAAGAUGCUGUCGUCAUGUCA